AUGAGAGAAGAACUUGUUGACGCGGCUGUAUCUACUCUCAAGGCCAACGAAGCUGGGCCAGUGCCUGAACGAGUCCCCAUCUAUCCAGUGGUAUCCCGCGACUCCGAAAAGCUUGCGUAUCUCCGAUCUACGGGUCUUGUUGAUCUUACAAGCGCAGAUCGGCAUCGUGAACGCACUAAGUAUUUGGUUAGGAAUUGGCUUGACAAAUACAACUUACAAUUCCAUGCUGAAGCUGACACCCAGCCGAACAUUUUUCCGGACCCCUUGCUGCCCACUCAGGAACCUGAGGCUCCAUCCACAGCAGUGCAACUUGCAAGGCCAGGGCAGAGUCACGAUCAGCCAACAUCCGUCCAAGUACCAGAGACCGCAAAUGCAUCGAUGCAGAAAUUUCGGGACAUGUCAAGCGACACUUAUCAAGCUUCUCUUGCCGCAACAUGGGGCACAGCCUCCGUUGAUAGCAAUUACGACCUUGACGCGUACUUGGAGAGGCGCAGGAAAGGAAUCGAGGGUCGCAAGGAUUUCUUCAUGGAUACUGAGGACGAUAGGUCCCUCCAGGCUGUUCAGGAGCUCCUGUUGAAGUGGACAACCGUGGACGAUCCUGUUGUUUGGGAGAACAGUAGCAAACAACUGAGAUUACUUACUCAAGGGCCUUGA